AUGAUGAGACAGGCCAAGAAAGUCAAGUCUAUGGGCCAGGGUCUGGAUCGAUUUGGCACAUGGUCAGGUGUAGAUGGGGCUAUCAUGUUGCUGCAAGGCAGUAGUAAUGUGGGUGACACACUUCCCACCGGACAGUUGUCCAACAUUCCUUGGCGCAGAGCAGGGGUAAAAUACACAAACAACGAAGCCUAUUUUGAUGUAAUUGAAGAAAUUGAUGCAAUUAUAGACAAAUCAGGUAAGGUGCCUUGCAAACUCGUUUUUAAAAAAAAUAGAUUUCCCGUUGAGGAACAUAUAACUGGAAAAAAAGAUCUUUCUCUUUCUUUCAUGAACCCACGGUUGCUGGAUGACGUCAGCUUCCAUCCCUGUAUUCGGUUCAAACGCUGGGAGUCUGAGCGAGUCCUUUCGUUUAUUCCUCCCGACGGGAAUUUCAGGUUGAUCUCCUACCGCGUCAGUUCACAGAACUUGGUGGCUAUUCCUGUAUAUGUGAAACACAUUAUCAGUUUUAAGGAAAAUAGUUCUUCAGGAAGAUUUGAUGUUACCAUUGGACCAAAACAGAAUAUGGGGAAAACAGUAGAAGGAGUUGUCAUGACAGUUCACAUGCCAAAGGCCGUACUUAAUAUGAACCUCACUGCUACACAAGGCACCUAUACAUUUGACCCAGUUACUAAAGUGUUAACAUGGGACGUUGGCAAAAUUACUCCUCAAAAGCUACCAAACCUGAAGGGCAUAGUGAACCUGCAGUCUGGAGCCCCCAAGCCAGAGGAGAAUCCAAGUUUAAACAUCCAGUUUAAGAUUCAACAGCUUGCAAUUUCAGGACUGAAAGUGAAUCGCCUAGACAUGUAUGGAGAAAAAUACAAGCCUUUUAAAGGUGUCAAAUAUAUUACAAAAGCAGGAAAAUUCCAAGUCAGGACAUGAGAAGAUGCUCUACUACCAAGAGGAAAUACCCCUUAAAAAAAACUUGACUGCUUAGUGACUUAUGUUGCUAUUAAUUAGGUGCCAAUUAAUUAAUAGACACUGAUUAGUUUGGGAUCAAAGCAUUUGUGCACAGCAGCUCCUAAAAUGAAGGCAUAGCUUAGUUUUUCUUAAUACGGCUUUAAAAUAAGGUACUUUUUUUCUAGUACACCUUCACUUUUUUUUACUGAAUUGUUGUGCUGGUGAAUAGUUUGAUAUCGGUGAUCCACAGAACAUUGCAAACACUACACUGCCAGUCAGAUACCAAAGCCCAGAGGCCAAGCACAUUAUGAAGGCCAGAGAGGCCAUUGGAAAAGUCUUGUGGUGGCACAUUUUGCUGCUGCAGCUGCCUGUGGAGAAAGCUCAGCUAUUCUCAUAGCCAGCUGCAAGCUGGCAUUCCACAAAGCAUCAUGUAAUCCCUUCAGAAAUAGAGAGCAGCAGCAAGAGGGGCAGGGGUCCCACAGGGGCCUGGAACAUAGCAAGUGUCACUCCUAAGAAAGAGGUUCUGAUGAUGAAAAACAAUUUCCUUGUUGUUUACAAGAAAUCGCCUUUCUUAAGAAGCAUUUGCCUUAAUCAGCCUUCAUUUGUGCCAUCUGCAGAUGAGCUGAUAAAAAUAACAUCCUGCAUUAAAUCUGGGAGGUGAUUGUUGCUUCAGUAAUCUACUUUCUUUCCAUUCCAUCUCAUCAUCACUGACAUUUUUUUUAAGAAUACCGUUGCAGAGAGUAAGAUCUAUUUUUUAUGUGAAAGCCUUUGCUUUGAUUUAGAUGUUCCACUUGUUCGAAGUGGAUGCCACCAGAUUUGUGCCAUGUGUACAUUGGAGUGUAGCUUUUUAGAUAGCACAAUAGAAGUGUCAAGUGUAUUUAAUGGUUGUGUGCUUUAAUGUAAUGAAAUAAAGGGAACUCUACUGCAAA